CACCACUCUGAUUUCCUCAACCCUAACUAAGGUUUUACAAUCGUCCGCCAUGAAAUAUUUCAACAGAAAUGGCCGGAACAACCGCCCUUUUCCUCCAUCACACUCAUACUUUCCCUCCCUCGUGCGUCAUUUCCCGGCGAAUCUCCACUAAACCAUCCAAACUUUUCAUCUCUUCCAUCCCCAGACAUCUCAAUUCCAUAACCCACAUCGCCGGCAGGAAUACCAAGUCAAUCGUAAGACUGAGCUUGGUCGAGCCCACCAUUGACAUCAAUCGAGUAAUAGACUUCCUCUACGAAGACCUCCCCCAUCUUUUCGACGAUCAGGGAAUCGAUCGGACAGCUUACGACGACCGAGUCAAGUUCCGUGAUCCAAUCACCAAACAUGAUACCAUUACUGGAUACCUCUUUAACAUAUCUUUACUCAAGAACCUAUUCAAACCUGAUUUUCAAUUGCAUUGGGUCCGACAGACAGGUCCUUAUGAAAUAACCACAAGAUGGACUAUGGUAAUGAAGUUCAUUCUACUUCCAUGGAAACCAGAUUUGAUCUUUACAGGUACAUCAGUUAUGGGUAUAAAUCAAAAUACCCAGAAGUUCUGCAGUCAUGUCGACUACUGGGAUUCAAUACAGAACAAUGAGUAUUUCUCUGUAGAAGGUUUCUUGGAUGUUUUUAGACAGCUUCGGAUAUACAAAACCCCAGAUCUUGAGACACCAAAAUAUCGCAUACUAAGAAGAACUGCAGAUUAUGAGGUGAGGGAAUACUCUCCCUUCAUUGUUGUAGAAACAAAUGGCGAAAAACUUUCUGGAUCAACUGGCUUUAAUGCUGUUGCUGGGUAUAUUUUUGGGAAGAAUUCUUCAAAAGAAAAGAUACCCAUGACCACUCCUGUGUUUACUCAAACAUCUGAUAAAGGAAUUAAUGGUGGUGAGGUCUCGAUCCAGAUAGUUAUUCCAUCCGGGAAGGAAAUCAGUAGCUUACCAAAUCCUGAUGAAGAAGCAAUUAAGUUGAGGAAAGUUGAAGGAGGGAUUGCAGCAGUUGUGAAAUUUAGUGGUAAACCAAUUGAGGAUGAUGUUCUUGACAUUGAGAAACAACUUCGGUCUAAAUUAGUCAAUGAUGGUCUUAAACCUGAACCGGGUUGUUUGUUUGCUCGCUAUAAUGAUCCUGGUCGAACUCCGAGUUAUAAGAUGAGGAAUGAAGUUCUUAUUUGGCUUGAAGAUUUCUCAUUGGACUAGUCAUCAACAACAAAGAAUGAAGAUUUGAUUAAUUAUCUUUGGAAGAUAAUCAUAUAGCUAAACAUGUAUAUGAAAUUCGAUUUACAAUUUUGGUGUAUCUAAUGCAAUUUUGAAUGAAGAACUCUUUUUAAUUUAAUGAGUAUAAUUUUUUU